GCUUUGGUCUGUGAUGAAAAGCUGAAGAUUUUUGAAAACUGGAAUACUGUUAAUAACAUAUUUGAUAUUAGACCACUAGCUUAUCAUCUAUUGCCUUUGUUGGUCCAUCCAUUUCUUAGAAGCUAGUCAUGAAUGUUGAAACCCUAAACAACAUGAAAGCCAGGAUUUACUAAUUGGCUAGUACGUUUUAAUCGAUCAAGACGAAAUCAUUUCCAGUAUUUACCAACAACUAAGUAUUAAAACCUUUGUGGAAAUUGACCCCAAUAGCAUUCUUAAACCCGUAUUUUCAUACCACAAUUACGCCUAAAAUCAAGUUCCGGAACUUGGAGAUGUACCAUGACUUUAAAAAAAUGUAGUAUGUCGACUCCCAUCCAACUCAGCAUUUCAGCAAACUUGGUCGAUUCAUUAAACGAGAAAAGGGAGUUCGCAAUAUCUCGUCUCCUUAAUUAAUUAAUGGCAGAAAGUCCCCUUCUUCCCCGUUCUAGCCAAGUUUAGUCGAUACCCUAGCAUUCAUUACUCAUGGGAACGCACUCGAAUGCUUUCCAAUCUGCACAAAGCUGCAUACAAAUCUCCCCAAUCCACGUCAGUCGUCACAAGUGUCGUUAUCCAUUCAGACCAGACAGACGUCCGCUUGCUGGUUUUUUUUUCAUACAGUAGUACCUUUGAUUUUCACACUUGAGCAUUCAGCGCAAUGCCGUAACUUUUGUUCAACCGAGUUGUUUUGGAAAACCAAGUCCAUUGGUUUGGGUAAAGAACAGUGGAUAUUUCGUUAGGCGGGACGAGGAAAAAACCGCCAACGGAAGUGAAUUUUUUUCCGGCUCGCUUCACGUUGCAGUUAGACAGAACCAAGCAUGCCUUGUUGGUACCGGAAUGGUUCGUGGGAAAGAUUAAUGACGUUUUCAUCUCAUCCAGCAAUUCUUCAGAUCUCAAGACGUUCUGGUGUCGUUCAGAACGUUGUUGACUAUUGAGGCGGGAUUGGCGUGAUCGUGACUUUGUGUGAAUUUCAGGCAACAUUGGCCAUGCGUUAGGCAUUGCGUUUUAAGGCGAGGUUCCUCAUAUAUUGCGAGAGUACAAGCCCAAGUUUCGGACAUCUCUGCCCCAAUCAUCAUGCCGAGCCCGUUACGGUCCAAAGAGUCGGGCUCUUUUGCUUAUACAAGAUGGGAAGCCGUGGAGAGUGAAGACACCACAGACUCACCAAUCACAGAGACGCCAUUCUACAGCUUUGAAGAAGAAGUACCUGCUACCUCCACCGCCACCCCCGCCGUUCCAUGGCCAUUGUCCCCCAACAGGUUAACCAGGCCCUCAAUGCCUAAUGGGCACAGCCAUGGAAGUCAAGGGCCCAUCAGUCCCCGAUUCGAUGUGCAGAACAGUCGAUGUUUAUCCAUCAGUAUCCGAACAAUGGUGAUCCUUGUUAUGUUGGGCGUGGGGGGCAUCAUUGGGUUUGUGGCGCGAUGGGGCGUGCACCGAUAUUUUGUGGAUCCUCAAGGACAUUGCAUGACUCCCAUUCCGUUUCAGUACAAUGCAGAGAUGGCCAAGCAUGCCAUUGACACCAUCAGUUUCUCCAGCAUACGAGACUUUUUCGAAGAGUUCACAUCCGAAAAUGAUCAUGAACUCGGGUCGAUCGAGUCCUCAGACUAUGCCAGAAGCAUAUCUCAGCUCUGGCGUGAGUUUGGCAUUCAAAAAACCGAGUUGGAUGUGGUCAAGACCAUGAUUCCAGUGGCCAACCUUCGAGACCACGGUCAUGUCCCAUGUGAGAUCACGAUCAAGGAUGUCAAUGGAACGACCGUUUGGAGCAAGGAUCUCGAUGCUGAAUCCAUGGCUCAAGUCAGCUAUAGCGCAAGUGCCAUUGGUCAAGGUCAACUUAUGUACGGCCACUACGGUCGAUUCGAAGACUUCCACGAAAUGGGCCUGAAUUUCAGCGGAUCCGUGGUGAUCAUGAAACUGAGCCAGCUUUAUCACGUGGGAAGCAUGGUGCGAAAUGCCCAAUAUUUUGGGGCCAAGGCUGUGAUCUUGUUCCCCGAUCCGGUCAAUCAUCUUUUGACGGGAAAUGUGUCAGAAACGAAAAUUAAAAUAUCUCCCAACGAAUCUCUGAGUGCUUCAGCCAAGCUAUUUCCAGGAGACCCCUACAGUCCGUAUUUUCCUGGCAAGUCCAAGGAAUCCAUUCCUGAUAUCCCUGUGAUCAGCAUUACCUUUUCCGAGGCUCAAACACUCCUGUCGAACUUCACCAAUGCCUACAAUCUAACCACUCUGCAUACCUAUGGAUUGCCAUUGGACACCCAAUGGAACAUGAAUUUCACGGCAAUGGUCGAAGUCAAUCUAGAUUACGAGAAGAGAAGCAUCCGAAACGUCAUUGGAACCAUCCCUGGAGCUUAUGAACCAACCCGAUACAUAAUCAUUGGAGCUCAUCACGAUACUUGGUGGAAAGGCUCGAGUCAAGCUGGUUUGGGGCACUCGGUGCUGAUGGAAUUGGCCAGAGUGUUCGGAUAUCUCCGACAACAUAGUUGGAAACCUGGUCGCAGCAUCAUAUUCGCUUCUUGGGACGGGGAGGAAAUUGGUCAACUCGGUUCCACAUCCUGGAUGAAUAGUCACUCCAAAGAGUUGAACACGCGUGCAGUGGCCUAUAUAAACUUGGACUAUGUCCUAACGGGCAGUUCCACCGUCCAUAUCGCUGCCACGCCCUUAUUCAGGGAGAUCAUAGAGCGAGCCGCCAAAUCCGUGCCGUGCAUUACCAAGAAAAACAUUGAUGACGAUUGUACCCUCUUUUCCACGUGGAUCGAUGAGGAUGCUGCCGCCACCAGCUUAAAAUCGGACAAAUUAAUGAUGAGCGAUCCCCAACAUUCUUUUCAAAGCAUUCUAGGCGUCUCCACCAUCGAAGUGGCCUUGAAGACUCUAGCCAUGCCUUAUCCUCACACCAACUCCAGCAUGGACACGGUGAGUGCCAUCAAGACCAUCCUCGAUCCCGAGUUCAAGCACGCCGCCUUAGUCGCCCGAUUCUUGACGAUCCUCUUACUUCAACUGACCAUGACCCCGAAUUUACCGGGUAGUGUCUCCGAUUACGCCAAUAAGAUCCAUUCUGAUAUCCACACCUUCAUCCAAGUCAACGACAAAGACCUCGAGGAGCACGACGUCAACGUGGGGGAUAUGGUUGAUGCUCUCAACAAGUUCGAGGUAGCUGCGUUUCGCUUUCAUUCCACAUACGACCCGAGUUUCCCCCUGGAGUUCUUGGGACAUCAUGAGUUCAGUGAUCAAUUGAUGGAGCUUGAGAGGUCGUUCCUGCUUCCAGCUUCUUAUUCGGAACUUUCCGGUCAGCCCAUUCCACUCCUAAGGAGUCCAUACAAACACAUUAUCUACGGUCCAGACCCGCUGAAUCAGGGCAUGAGUGUGCUUUUUCCGCAAUUGAGCGGCGCCCUCAAAUUGGCCAGGUACUUGAACACCACUGGCUUGUGGGACUCGGUUCGUCGAGAGGCAUUUUUUGUAGUGGACGCCUUGGAAUCUGCCUCUUGCGUCCUGGAAAAUCAUCUAGUUCACACCUAUGUUGAUGAUGUUAAUCAUCCCAUGCAUCGCAUGUACACAAGUUGAAUCCUGAUAAUAUAUUUAACUACUUUUUACAAGUCA